AUGUGCCACACGCACGGUGCGUUGAGCAAGGAAGAAAUCUGUAAAAUUGCUUUUCAUUUCGCUGCGACUCCCGGUCGAACGUCAUACAACAGUUUUUGUGAUACGUUGUUCUCGGAUUGUGAAGACGGCGAAGACUCCGAACGCAAGCAGAACACAUCGGAGCGUCUUUCGGUACAUGAGCAAAAAAUGUUGUCACUUAUUCUGUGCUCGAUUGCAAAGGCUCUACGCUACCGCGAGCAAGUAUUACGUCCUUACUUCGAAGACUACUCAAUUUCAACGCGCAGUGAACCAUUCUGCACUUUACGAUACGCUUUCCGAGUGCUGAACUACCUUGGCGUAACAUUGGCCAAACGUGACAAGGAUCUAUUCGUGAAACGUUUUUCGCUCGAUGGCCAUCGUUUCGACUACGAUUCGUUUAUAGACGAGAUCGAUCAAUUGUUUCGCUGCUUGGACAUGCGCGACGGAGCACUUGAUCGCAAAACGGAUGAUAGCGCCGUCCCACCGAAAGUGAUUGAAACACACCUGCCGAAAGUUGACCGACCAGAAAUUGGUUCGGUUUCCAUGCAAGAAUUGUUUAGCAAACGAGAAGCCUUUCACCCGUGCUUAGAACCGAAACGGAAGGAUAUGUGCAUGGUAGAGCUGCUUCGUCGUAUUCAACGGUAUAUUUGGAAUUCACGGAUACGCAUAAAGGAAUUCUUUCAACAGCAUGAUCCGUUGCGCUGUGGAUGGAUUACCAGAAGCCAAUUCAUUCGCAACCUGGAUGUUAUUGGGCUAUCGCCAUUAUAUCGAUUAACAUUGCACGAACCAGAGAUAAAGCAGCUGUGUGACCGAUACGCCGAUUCAACGGAUCCUAACAAAAUCAGAUGGACUUUGUUUGUUGAAGAAGUCAACCGAGUAUUUGCCGAUUUUCCAAUGAAUGCUAUAAUCACCGGAGAUCCUCCUGCAUCUGUAAGAAACUUGCCGCCGAUGGGAAAGUGUCAAGCUUCUCUAGACGAGCUAGCAGCCUGUCGGAAACUUCUGACUCAAUUGAAAGUUAAAAUCUUGAACGAAAACAUAUUGAUCGAUACCAUAUUCCAAGAUUUUGAUGUCCAUCGAAACGGUCACACAACGUACAGUCAGGCUAAUGAAGCUUUCGCUAUGAGUAGGAUACCAAUUAGUGACACAGAAGCAUUUCUGCUAAGCCAGGUGUACGGUGAUGCCCAAGGCUUUGGCUAUACUCAAUUUUUGAAAGAUAUCGAUGUGACGGGAACGAAUGAUGCGGAACAAUCGUUAAUUUACCUAAAACUGAAGGAACACAUCAAUAGACAGCCCGAGCCACCUGUACCAGAGCCCCGGGAGGAAGACAUAGUCCUCGUGCUGGCCAAAGUAAAAGCACAAGCCGUACACCGUCGUUUACGCUUAGUUGACUUCAUGGAAGGAUUCGACCCCUUGAACCACCAUCGCAUUACGGAUGAUCAAUUCUGUAGGGGUCUAUCCAUGGCUGGAAUCAAGCUAACUCCUUCCGAGAUGAAACUGCUUUGCCAAUACUUUCGAACUGCGCUAAGCUCGACGACGGAUUACAAGCGAUUCUGUGACACCAUAGCUGAAGUAGAUUAUCAACCGUUUCUGGAGAAGGCACCUUUACUUGUGCCCUGCAGGCACUUUCCUGCGGACGAAACGUCUCCGAAAAACUUCCUGAACUUUGAUGAUCGAACCAUCGUUUCUAAAGCGAUGCAGAAACUUGCACGGCACGCGGACAUCAUAUCGAACCUGAGCCCGCUGCUAACAGAUUUUGAUCCCCAAAACGUGGGUCACGUUAGUCGAAAUCAGCUGCUGCGAGCGUUAGCAUCUCGAGAUCUGCAUACGCGCAUAUCGAGCCGAGAAUUUGAAAAGCUAUGCAACUAUUUUACGGUUGAGAUUGGUCAUCGCCAAGAAGUGAAUUAUCGGGCGUUACUCGAAGCUCUAGACUAUCUGCAUGCCAACAGAGAAUGCCAUCCGUUUUGA